UUCAUCUUUCUCUCUCCACCGCCGAUCGCGAGUUUUCUCUCUCUCUCUCAUCCCAAUUCCCAAACAUCCAAAGAAACACCCACAAAGAAAAAAAAAGUUCGGUUUUUUAUCCGCUUUGCUCACGGCAGCGAGGAAAAAAAGCUGGAAUUUUUUAUACUCGUACCACGGCGAGUAGUGGUGGUGGUGGUGGUAGUACAAUCCCAAUAGAAGAAGAAGAAGAAAGAAUAAACUAGCAGCUCAGGAGGCGGAAGCGAGCGCAUGAGCUCGAGAGAAAGAGAGGCGGAGAAGUGGUGAGGUGAGGAGAGGAGAGGAGGGCGAGUAGUAGGCGUCUAGGUCCCAUCUCUAGGGUAGUAGUAGUAGUAGGCUUGUCUCCUCUUCGUCAUCUCUCCUCUCCUCUCCUCUCUUCUCUUCUCUUCUCUCCGCCACGGCGCCACCCACCUACCCCCGAGGUCGCUGCUGCUGCUGCUGCUGCGGUUUUCGUUAGAAGAUACUCUCGGUAGCAUCAGACCUGCAUCUUGGAAGUUCAGUAUGGGUUCAGGAAUGGUGAAGAAGAAGGUGGUGAAGGCCGGUUCUUUCGAUUUGGAUGCCAAACUUGAUAAAAGUUGGAUGGAGGAUAUCACUUGUCCAAUCUGUCUGGAUUUUCCUCAUAAUGCUGUCCUAUUGAGGUGCACCUCAUAUGAGAAGGGUUGUAGGCCGUUCAUAUGCGACACUGACCAAUCCCGUUCGAACUGUCUUGAGCGGUUCAAAGGUGCUCAUGGACUGCCGACCAAUAUGAAAGUCCCAUCUUUUAAUGGAGCCCCUCUUGAUAGCAUUCAUAUCAUUUCGUCAAAUACAACUGACCGCCCAGCUUGCCCGUUGUGUAGAGGCGAUGUUAUUGGGUGGGUUGUUAUUGACGAGGCCCGUCUGCAUCUUAACCAAAAGAAAAGAUGCUGCGAAGAAAGCUGUUGUUCAUAUGUGGGCAACUUUCAUGAGCUUCAGAAGCACACCCAGCAGAAGCAUCCAAAUUCACGCCCGUCAGAAAUUGAUCCUGCUCGGAGAGUUGAUUGGGAGAAUUUCCAACAGUCUUCAGAUAUCAUAGAUGUCUUGAGCACGAUACAUGCACAGGUGCCUAAUGGUAUAGUUUUGGGAGACUAUGUCAUCGAGUACGGUGAUGAUGAUGCCGGAGAUGACUAUGAAGUUUACCACAGGGUUAGGGGGAACUGGUGGACAUCCUGUAUUUUCUGUAAGUCAUUCUGCAGAUCUUCAGGAGGCAGAAGUAGAGCAAGAGCAAGGGAAAGGAGAAGUAGUGGAAGGAGGAGCAGCAAUAGGUCUAGCCAAGAAAGCUUUACUAUUGAGGUGCCCUCGGGAUCUGUUGACAUAAGGGAAAUCAGAUUUGAUGAAAUAGAUGAUGAAUAUAUAGUUACAGGAGCAAUGCCCGGCAUUGCAGCAUCCAGGAGGAUCGCCAGUCAUUACAGGGAUCCUAGAUAUGGACGCAGACGUUCAUACUACUAGGAUGAACCAGCCAGCUGAAAUGUAAUGCAGUGCAGCCACAACCAGAAUAUUGUGCCUCUACCCGCCUCUUUUUCUUGUUCUCUCAAAAAUCUGGAAGAUGCUAUCCCAGCCCAAAUUUGGUGUGCAUAUAAGAUAGCAGCAAACCCUUCAUUGUUGUUCAUUUACAGCAGGUUUCAACAUCUUAGGUUCCUAUGUAAAUAUGUAACCACUACCCUAUAGCAAUGUUGAUCCAAGGUUUCUCUCCGGGAAUCCAUUUUAUCUUAAAAAUGUUUCUCUGGAAAUACACCAAACUUUUACAGGAAAAGCUCACAAAUUUGCCAAGUCAAUUUGUUCUCUCUGCUAUCUCUCUAACACGAUAAUUGUCGGAAAAUUCAGAAUUUUGCUGAUGUUUCACAUGGUGACACAAGUGUGUUGGAUUGUGAGAAGCAUACGCAUGACAGGAACAGCCUGAUUGACGCUUUGCUUCUGAUGCUGGUUUUGUAGAGAAGAUUUCGUGUUGGAGUGUGCUGAGAUUUGUAAAUGAUUUUGAUUAGUUAAAAUGUUGCUUGUUGCUUAGGCUGUUCUUCUCGCGAAUGGCAGAAAGCAUUCGUGCUAAAUCA